UGGAGAUAUAAAAGAUGUGUAGUAGCCGACUUCACUCUUCCUUUUCGGGUGAAAUCACCUGUAAAAAGCAAAGCAAAGCAAAGCAGCAUCCUCUAAAAUCAAAACCAACCAAACCACCCCUAAUCGCUCUCGUCCCCAUCCAUUAUUCCCCGACGCAUCCCCAAUUCCUAAGCUUCAUCUGCGAUUUCAAUUUCCCCUCAAAUCCAUCCGUAAACCCUAGCUCAAUUUCGAUUCAACAUCUUCCACUGUCAAUCAUGGACGCUGACUCUUGGGCUGCUCGUCUAUCAUCUACAUCCAAACGAUACCAAUAUGCUCUUCAAUCCCGAUCAUCUGAUAUGUUUAUGGGGUUCGAGGACAUCGAGGUGGAUGAUGAUAUCAGGGAAGAAUUUCCAUGCCCCUUUUGCACUGGUUAUUUCGAUGUAGUGGGUUUGUGUUGUCAUAUUGAUGACGAGCAUCACGUUGAGGCCAAGAAUGGGGUGUGUCCGAUUUGUGCUGUGAGGGUGGGGGUAGACAUGGUAGCACAUAUAACCUUACAACAUGGAAACAUAUUCAAGAUAUCCUUUUUUUUAUACGAUAUUUCUACAAAAUAG